CUGGCUGUAUAUAGGGGGCAGCAGGGAGGGAAGGUUGAAUGUUCUGCACAUCUAGGACACGACCAUAGGGAAGCACCAGAAGCAGCAGCAGCCGCACAGACAGAGAUGGAAUCCAGCAGCUUUUACUGCCCCGAGAUGACCCCCCAGGAGGUCCCCAAUGUGGACACUUCCAUAGAUUUCAGAUAUGAAGAUCCAGCUUUUUUAUGUGAUUUUGAGAUGAACACAGGGAAGGGACUGUACCCCAACUCAGCUGCAUCAUGCCUGGGCGCUGCCCGCGUUUCCUCCUCUGAUGCCUACACAGAAUCGUCCCUGUAUUACUGGGAACCCUACAGCCAAGGACUGGAUUCAGCAAACCAAGAGGAAUAUCUGCAGUCGUUCCAGACUUUACUCCCUGGGAUGACGGAGGAACUUCAGCAUCAGGCCGCCCACCACAGCGACGACUCCUUGUACCACUCCCAGGAGGAGCCGUCCUUUAUCACACCGGAUGCCUACUCCGGCAAUAUGGCUGCCGGCUCGGUGGGGGAUCAGAGUUUCUCCUGGGCAUCUCAAGAAUGGAACAGCUGGGACGACUCCACCUGGAUGAGCUGCAACCAGUCCCAAGAUCUGAGGACGCAAGCCAGCCCACGAUCGGCGGUGCAGAGAACGUCCCUCACAGGUUUCCACUACAACAAAACUGGUUUCCAUCAGACGUCCGGCCUCACAGCCGACACUGAUAAAGAAGGAUGCUACACCACUUAUGGUCAGAAGAGCAUGGAAGCAAGAGAUAACAAGCCCCCGACAUCAGCUGGUUCUGGUCCAAUUCAACUCUGGCAGUUCCUCCUGGAAUUAUUACAAGAUUCAUCCUGUGAGAAACUAAUCAGCUGGACGGGCAAUGGCUGGGAGUUCAAACUUUCUGAUCCCAAUGAGGUGGCUCGUCGCUGGGGGAAACGCAAGAACAAGCCCAGGAUGAACUACGAGAAGCUGAGCCGUGGGUUACGCUACUACUACCACAAGAACAUCAUCCACAAGACCGGUGGCCAACGUUACGUCUACAAAUUUGUGUGUGACCUCCAGGAUCUUCUGAACCGACCCUCACAAGGACAUCAGCAGGAAUCCAAGAGCCACAGUCAGAGGCAGAAGAACGUCUGAAGAGCCAAGAUGGCUCUACACCAGAGACUAAGGACUUCAGAAUGGUCUUGGACUGAUCUUGAGUAUCUACUGCAUAUAGCAGGGUAGAACCUCAAUCGGCAGCCAUAACCGCUCUAAUACAAGCACUGAAGAACACUGCAGACACUGGCUGCAAUAGGG